AUGGGGAACGGGGCGGUGACUUCUCUGGAGACAGCAUUGCGCAAGGCCCUCGCCAAGGGCGAUGCCAAUGAUCCGGCCUUCCGGCGCCGCGUCUAUGAGGCCGCGGCCUCGGCGAUGCAGCGCUCGCUGACCGCGCGCGGGGAAGUCACGCCCGAUGCCCUCGCCGCGCAGACCAGCCGGUUGAGCGAGGCGAUCGAGGCGAUUGAACGCGAGACGCGGGCACCGCAAUCCGCCGCUGCCCCGCCGCCUUCCGCCCCGCCUGUGACGCCCGAUGUAGCGGCGCCCGAGGCACCGGACGUGCCGCCCGUGGCCGCCGAUCCGGACGUCUCGCCAACCGCCGACAUUCCCGCCGUCGAUGCGCCGUCAUCGCCUGCGGGGCCGGACGCCGGCCUUUACGUCGAGCCGCGUGCCGACGCCGCCCGUGCCGAGGCCGAAGCGGUGCGGGCCGAAACCGAGCCGCCGGUACCCCGCUCGCCGCUGCGCAUCGAUCGCGGGCCGUUCGCCACCGGAUUUGCCGUCAUUGUCGCGGCCGCCCUGGUGUUUGGCGGUCUGUGGUGGGUCAUUACCUCGGGCGCGUUCGUCAGCGAGGAGGCGCGCGACACCUCCGUACCCAAUCCGCCGGCCCAGUUGCGCGACGAGGAUUUUGCCGGCGACGGCGCACGGGAGGGAUCGGCGCCACGCACCGCCGCGCAACUCGAUGAUGGCGAUUGGGUGACCCUGUUCACGCCUGCCGAUCCCGCCGCGCUGAGUCUCGAAGGCGGCGCGACGGCAUCGAUCGAGACCGAUCCGUUCGGCGAUUACGCCCGUUUGGUCACGCCCGCCGGCGAGGGCCGCGUGUAUAUCGACGUACCCGUCGGCACGCUGCAGAUGCUGGCCGGAAGCCGCGCCCAGAUCAGCCUGAACGCCCGCUCCGACGAUGGCGAGCCGACGCAGAUGUCGGUGACCUGCGAUUUCGGCCCGCUGGGCGAUUGCGGCCGGCGCCGCUUCGAUGUCGGCCAGUCGGAAGCAGAGUUUCUGUUCCAUGUGGACCUGCCGGCGGGCUGA